CUCGGAACUCUCUUCCUGUCACUUCCAUCUUCUGGAAAUAUAGCCUUCUUUUGGAAAGCAAAGGCGCGAGGUCUCCUAGCAGGGGGCUGGACUCGCAUCGCCCUUGCGAACAAUGGUCACAGGGCUAUGGGUUGCAUACGAACUGCAUUGAUUCCCAAUCUCUGUGAGAAGGUCCGUGUUGAUCGCCGUCAUUCUGACCUGGACCGAGUCGGCUCCUGCAUGGCUUUCCGGUUCUUUGGUCGGGGCCGGUCGGGGCCGAUUGCGGCGCCGACUCUAGCGUGAGAAACCUUUCUAUAUGGGCACUCUUAUUGGGAGACCAGCAAAACCGGAAAACAAGACAGGAGUUUGCAGGUGUCUGGACAGGCCGAAUUCUCAUCCAUGAGUCAAGUUUUGAAGAAGCGAGGGGCCUCGACACUUCAUACUUAAACGAGCCGUCUACCGCGCAAUGCAGCAAUUCUCCGAGUGUGUAACCGACAACCAUGGACGAGCGAAAAGAAUUUCAGCCCUGCCCCGAGCGGCAGCAAGAGACCAUGUCGACAGAUUUAAGCAAUCCUCGACCGACGCACAAAAGCCCUGCCCCGUUGAUCUCUACCCCACCGCCGACACCGACCUCUACCUCUAUUCCCACCUCCAUAACAAGCUUUGAAGAUUGCCCUGAUGCAGAUCCAAAAAAUUGGCCUCUUUCAAAAAAGUUGUACAUUCUUUGUUUUACGCUUUUGUCGGUGAUGAACAGCGGGGUUUCGUCAUCACUCCCAAGCAAUGCUGUCCCUUAUAUCUUUGAGAAUUUCAACAUAGACGAUGAGAGUCAAAGCAGCUUGCCUACCUCGGUGUUCCUCCUGGGAUACGUAGUUGGUCCAUUAAUAUGGAGCCCAUUGAGCGAGACCAUCGGACGGCGCCCGAUUCUGGUUUAUACUUUUAUAGUAUUCUUUCUCUCCACCCUCGCUUGUGCGCUUGCUCCAAACUGGCCGUCGUUACUAUUCUUCCGCUUUGUUUGUGGUUGUAUGGGGGCAUCUCCGCAAACUGUCAUCGGGGGAGUCUAUGCGGAUAUAUUUGAGGCACGCGCAAGGGGGAGAGUUAUGGCAUUUUACAUGGCAUCGGCAAGCUUUGGGCCCAUCCUAGGGCCGAUUAUCUCUGGUUUCGCAUCCCAGCAUGGCUGGAGAUGGACCUUUUGGGCCGAUUUGAUUUUUGCUGCCGUCGCAUUGUCCGGGCUUCUGUUUAUACCUGAGACCUUUGGACCAGUCCUCCUCAAGCGCCAAGCAGCAAAGCUGAGCAAGCUGUCCGGAAAAGAGAUCACUGUGUCUUUAUCGACGAUCGACACAGACCUCAGCACCAUAUUUUUGCGACCACUAUACAUGUUGUUAUUUGAACCUAUCAUCUUAGCAACAUCGAUCUACGUUGCAGUGGUCUACGCCCUCGUCUUCUUUUUCUUUCAAGCCUACCCCAUCAUCUUCCCUGAGGCCUACAACUUUAGUAUUCAAACGACCUCUCUCACCCUAAUUCCAUUGGGAAUCGGCGCCUGCGCGAGCGGCCCCAUAGCCAUCUACUGGGAUCUCAAAUACGACUCCGCCCUCUCAAAAGGUAAAUCCUGGGCCUUUCCCUACAGCCCUGAGAUGCACCGCCUCCCUACAUCUUGCGUCAGCAGCAUAACCAUCGUCGCUUCCCUCUUCUGGCUCGCAUGGACUGCAACACCCAGCGUCCAUUGGAUUGUCCCAACUCUCUCCGGUCUUUUCUUUGGCUUCGGUUACCAGAUAAUUUUUACCUCAUUGCUCACAUAUGUCACCGACGCCUACAAGGUCUACUCUGCAAGCGCCCUUGCGAGCUCCGUCAUCUUACGGAGUAUUCUUGGCGCCGCCCUGCCCGUGGCUGCGAAGCCGAUGUACGCAUCUCUCGGCGUGGGGUGGUCGACCUCGCUUGUUGGAUUCGUGAGCCUGUUGUGUGUACCCAUUCCAUAUGUCCUGCUCUGGAAGGGGGCUUGGCUUCGGGAGAAGAGUAGAUUCUGCCAGAUGUUGGUCAAGGAUGAGUGGGGUCAGAAUGGGAGCAGUGGCAGUGUGGAGGGUCAGCAGAGGGAGGUGUGUUAGAUCUCUGGCUCUCUUCCUCUUGACCGGAAGGUUUUAAGUCGCGAGAUUAUAGUGUUAAGGAGCUAGCAUAUAUAGAGCAUAAUAUCAUAGGAAAUGAACAUAUUAUCA